AUGGAAACCAUACAGGAGGCAGGAGAAAAGGCACUAGAUCCUGGGGCCAGGGAGAAUGCAGAAGCAGCAGAACUAGGAGCUGCUCUGAGACUUGGGGAGCUGGAGCUGAAGGAGAGCUGGCAGGAUGAAGAAUUCCCGCGAUUGCUUUCUGAGGAGGCUGGUCCUUCUGAAGAUCCUGCAGACCUUAAAGGAGACCCACAGGCAGGUAUGUACCCCAGUACUUUAGCCCUGUGUGGCCAGCGCCCCAUGCGUAAGCGUCUUUCUGCCCCAGAGUUGCAGCUGGAUCUGACCAAAGGGCCUGGAGUUAACGGAGCUUCUUCCACCCAUUCUGCACCUUCUUCUCCUGGUGGCAGUUCUGACCUGGAUGUCGACGAGCUGGAGACCCCUUCAGACUCGGAGCAGCUGGACAGCGGACAUGAGUUUGAAUGGGAAGAUGAGCUGCCCAGGGCAGAGGGCCUGGGGGCCAGUGAGGCAGCUGAAAGCCUGGGUCGGGGUUGUGUGUGGGAUGUGGCCGGAGAAGAUGGUCAUCACUGGAAGGUGUUCCGAACCGGACAGCGGGAGCAGCGAGUGGACAUGACUGUCAUCGAACCCUAUAAGAAAGUCCUGUCUCAUGGAGGUUACCAUGGUGAUGGCCUUAAUGCUGUCAUCCUCUUUGCUUCCUGUUACCUGCCUAGAAGCAGCAUCCCCAACUACACCUAUGUCAUGGAACACUUGUUUAGGUAUAUAGUGGGAACGCUGGAGGUGCUGGUAGCUGAAAACUAUCUACUUGUUCACUUGAGUGGAGCUACAAGUCGGGCCCAGGUUCCACCUCUGAGCUGGAUACGCCAGUGUUACCGUACCCUGGAUCGACGGCUCCGGAAAAAUCUGCGAGCCCUGGUGGUUGUCCAUGCUACAUGGUACGUGAAGGCAUUUCUGGCACUGCUUCGGCCCUUCAUCAGUUCCAAAUUCACACGGAAGAUCCGGUUUCUGGACAGCCUGGGGGAACUCGCUCAACUCAUCUCCCUGGAUCAGGUCCACAUCCCCGAAGCUGUCAGACAGCUGGACCGAGGUCUCCAUGGCUCAGGAGGGACCUAGCACAGGACUGGAAAAAGGGCCUUAGAACCAAGCAAAAAUCUUGAUCUGCCCACCCCUGAAACAUCUGAGCUGUUUUGUAAAUUGUCUCAGCCUCAGCCUCAGCGCCACCACCGGAUCUUCUCAUCUUCAUGAGAUGUCAUCCCUUCCAUGACCCUGCCUACAACAGGGCUUUGAGGUCUGGAACCUCAUCUCCUGGGUGACUGUCGUGUCAGCUCGGUGGAGUGUAGUGACAAACGCAUUUUGGGAAAGUGUGGAGCUCUGGGUUUUGGUCCUGCUUUAGUUGUAGAAACUUGGGCCAGUAACUUCAUCUCUCUGGGUCUUAUUUUCUCCUGUAAAUGAAGGCGCUGAGAUCGUUUCCACCUUGCCAACUGUAGCAGUCGGUGAGGGGAGAGGUGGAUGGUGAGGGGAGAGGGGGAGAGGUGGACGGGAAGAGCGGGGCUUAACCGACCACAGCCAGCCUGCCUGAGGCGGUGGCAGGAAGCAGCCCAAUGGGGAGCCCUUCACAAUGCUCCCUAAAUCGUGAAGAACCGCUGUAUGCCACGCUUUCCGACUUAGGCAUGUCUGGCGCCUGGAGCCUGGGAAGGAGUGCUUUCAAACGUGUAUUUUUGCCCUCUUUAGUAAAUUCAAAUGUGUAGCGUUUUAAUAAACUGCGAUGGGACAUUGGAGUUGCGCGUCGAGGGAGUGAACGACUCUUUCCCCAAGCCCCUACACCACAGUCC